AUGGCGCCUAUCCCAUCCUCUGUACUCAACACCGCCACCGUCGUCGUGGCACGAGAACUCCACCCCACGGGACUCACUAAGGGAGAGCGAGCUGCACUCAUCUGCUUGAUAACUCUCCUGUCUCUCACGGCCAUAUGGGCGUUCUACCAUGUUCUCUCGUGUAUGGCAUGGAGUAUAUAUACGUUGAUUAACCGUCUUUUCGGAAAAUUGGUAUCGUUCCUCAAGUUCACUCGAGGCUGCUGCUUCCUCUUCUAUGCGUCGCUGCUCUCCAUCGCUCAGAAAGCCACGGCGAAGGUGAAUGGCACUGGUACGGCCAGUGAUGUGCCUAGCCCUGGCUCCAGCGUGACCGCUCUGCUUCCGUCGGAGGUUAUUGCUAAGGCCCCGGCUCGCGUUAAGGUCCCGGCUCCUACUUAUUCCCCUGGCAAGUUUGCUACUCGCAGUAAGGCAGUGUAUGAGCUUGAGGAAGUCGUUGGUCUUAAUCAUUAUGUUGAGCCUUAUUUUCGUGCUUGA